AUGCCUCGUCGUAAACCAAAACCAGACAAAAACAAGCAGGAGGAACGACCUCCGUCAGAUCUAAAUUUAAGAAAUCACUCUGCGACAACACAACCGCCAAUACAAAUUUGGCAGCAUCAACCAAACCAACAACAAAAUCAUCAACAACAACAAAACCAGCAGUACUUGCAACAACCAAAUUUUCCUCUAAUUCAUCAAUAUCAGAAUGCUUCAAAUAUGUCGUAUCAGAAUCCUAAUAUGGCAUACUUACAGCCGUACGAAUUUCAUAACCCUAGUCAUAUUGGUUAUCAAACGCUUCCUGGUAAUUACCCAAUGCAACCAAUUCCGGCGCAUCGGCAUCCACAAUUCGGUUCAACACCUUAUGCUUUGCCAGUGAAUACUAAUAGCUCUGCGAAUAAUAACACUCCUCAGACGCAAAUAGAUCUACUACAGAAGUUCGAGGUUGAAGUAAUGCAAAAUAUCACCUCGAGAACGGUCUCGGACCGAUUAGAGACACAGACCAGGGCAGCAUAUAUGCAUCACAUACGAAGUUACAUUAUGUUUUGUGUAAACAAACGUAUGGAUAAUUUUUACGUGACAUAUUCAAAUGCUAAAGAGUUCAUUUUGGGGGAGGUUUCAAACGGAGUCAAAAUAACCGAAGGUACUAUAAAAAAUGUUACAUCUGCCCUAAAUUUGCUUCAAGAAAUGAAUAAAAUCGUAUAUGGCGAUAAACAAUCUGAUGAGGCUUUGGCCGGAAAGUUAAUCCGAGAAAUUCUCAAUAGUUUAGAAAACCAAUGUCCACAGCCAUCAAUGCAUGAGGGAGGCAGGACGACCGCAACCAAAUUGUCUUCGGAACAAGCUUCCGAUUGGGUCAAUUUAGAGAAAACAUUCUUCAAACUUAGUGAAGUUUCAAAGCAUAGAUUGUCCGAGGGGGAAGUACUAUUAUUAAAGAAGUUUGAUAAUGAAGUUAUCGAAUCAGAGAAGACUACAGCAAUUUUGGAAAACUUAACUGAGAAUACAUUCAAGUCAUACUCAACUGAUAUUAAACGAUUCAUCAAGUUUUGUGCAAGACAAGGAAGGGAUAAUUUCUUGUUGGAACCAGAGAUCUUGACUAAAUUCAUCAAGCUAGAAUUCAACCAAAAGAAGAAUAAGCUUACUUCGACUAGACUUAGAAAUCUUAGAAGUAGUUUAUUGAAGUUGCAUCAAUUGAAUUCCUUAGCUUAUGAUAUUGAAUAUUCUGAGGGACAAGUCGUUUAUCUCAUUAACAAAUUUCUUGAUAAUAUAGAAGGCUUACCGAAUUUUGAAGAAUCUGAUCAGGAUAAAUUAUUGUCAAAAUUGCAAACAAUGUGCGAUCAAACAACCUUGUUAUCGGGGUUAUCCGAUGGAAGCAGGAAAUUAUACUUUAAUGAAUAUAGUCGAUAUGCCAUGUUUUGCAGCCGAGAGGGGUAUGAUCAUUUCCAUUUAACGGGUGAUUUGAUUAAAAAGUUUUUCAUUAAUGAUAUUAUUGGCAGAAAGCCAAACUUCUCAGGUAAGAAAUUGCAAGAGAUCUUAAGUCGUUUGAAUAGAUUACAUUCAAUCAACGCAGAAGUGUUUCCAGGCUAUCCAUCUACUAUUCCUGAUAUCCAUUUGGUUAAAGAUUUCUUAAAGGAGUACAAAAAGUCAACGAUGUUAGACGGAUCGUUAAGUAGUUCUUCUUCUACAAUUAGUACAAUGGCUUCCACUACUGAUCCAUCCACCACUCCUGUGCCUACAUAUCCUCCUGCUGUUGCAAAGCAGGAGAAUUCUUUUGAAAAGAAACGACCAAGGGCCCACCCUGUCGUUUCCGAUACACUAUCUGUCACCCAAACUAGCGAGUCAUUCAGAGAUGACGAAAAAGAACGCGAAAUUGAUGGAAGGCCCGAUCUAAAGAGAGUGAAAUCAAAACAAUCAGCCAGUGAUGACCAGAUUCCUCGUUUUGUUAUGAAUAGAAACAUCCAAACUGUGACCCAGCUAGUUGAAGAAUGGUAUUCCAUCUUACAAAGAAAUUCAAGAUAUGGACAAGGUUGGAUUCAAAGUGUUAUUGAUUUCGAGUUGUUUAAUAAUCGAAAGUUGUUAAUUGAUCUAAUUGAACAACUUUUACAAGAGGUGUAUAAUAAAAACAUCACCGAUCAAGAUUACGUGUAUGAUGUUGCUAAAGUAUUUGAUGAUUAUAUGGAUCGUAAACAUAUUGGAUUAGAUGAAUUGAUUAAUAAAGUUAGAAAUUAUUCAGUUUAUACUAAACGUGAGUUUUUACGAAUCUUAACAAAUAGAAAGAAGUGA